AUGGCCUUGAGGAACCACAGCACCAUCACUGAGUUUAUUUUCAUUGGGCUGUCUUCUGACCCCCACAUUGAGACUCUGCUAUUUGUACUCUUCCUGGUGAUUUAUCUCCUGACCACGAUGGGGAACCUGAUGCUGCUGCUGGUAAUCAAGGCAGAUUCCCGCCUCCAUACUCCCAUGUACUUCUUCCUGAGCAAUCUGUCCUUCGUGGACCUUUGUUUCUCUUCUGUCACUCUACCCAAGCUACUGAAGGAUCUCCUGUCUGAGAAGAAAACCAUUUCAGUAGAGGGUUGCCUGACUCAGGUCUUCUUUGUGUUCUUCAGUUCAGGAACUGAAGCCUGCCUGCUUUCAGUGAUGGCUUAUGACCGCUAUGCUGCCAUCUGUCACCCACUGCUCUAUGGCCAGGUGAUGAGCAACCAACUCUGUGCAAAACUUGUGUUGGUCUCCUGGGGCCUGGCCUCUCUCAAUGCAGCUGUGAUUGUGCUUUUAGGUAUUAAUAUGGACUUUUGUGAGGCCCAAACUAUACACCACUUCACCUGUGAGCUGCCUGCUCUCUUCCCCUUGUCCUGCUCUGAUAUCUCCAUCCAUAUCAAUAUUCUUCUUGGUGCCAGCUUACUGCAUGGUCUUGGGACCUUCAUCCCAAUCUUCUUAUCCUAUGCCCGUAUUAUCGCCACCAUCUUGAGCAUCAGUUCCACCACAGGCAGAAGCAAGGCCUUCAACACUUGCUCCUCUCACCUUAUUGCAGUGGUCCUCUUCUUUGGUUCAGGUUUUCUUUGCUAUCUCAUGCCUCCAUCUGGUUCCUCCCUGGAUUUGCUCUUAUCUUUGCAGUACAGUGUGGUCACACCCCUGAUGAAUCCACUGAUUUACAGCCUAAAAAACAAGGAAGUGAAGGCAGCUGUGAAAAAGAUAUUGGGAAAAUAUCUAUAA